AUGGUUCUGAAAUCAACUCUAUUUCUGCUGAGUGCAGGUUCUGCCUUGGCUCAGCAGACACCACUUGGUGCCUCAUGCCUAUCCUCGCCGGAUCCCGCGGGCUGCUGCGCCAACGGAGAAAUCCAGGGCGAAGAGACCGUCGGCAACGUUGUCUUCCAGUACACUUGUGGAUUCGCCCCAACCCCUUCGAAGUUCACAGGUCACACCGUCGCAAACGCCUACGAAUGUGCGGAUCUCUGCGCAAAAGAUGAUAGCUGCUUUGCCGCCUCGUGGAGAAGCAGUGGCUCAAGCGCGCGUGGAAAUUGUUUCUUCGCCAUGGGUGAAGACUUUGAAUCGAAGGAGGACAAAUCUUUCAUGCUUCUUGCGCGAGCCCCUGAACCUGUCCCUGAUCCUCCAUGUCUCACUUCAACUGAGGCAAACGCUUGUUGCACCGGGGGGCGCACUGAAGGGGAGGAACUUGUUGGUGAUGUCCUUUUCAAAUAUACCUGUGGGUUUGUCCCAACACCCUCCAAGUUCAAAGGCCACAACGUCGCAAGUGCCUUUGAAUGUGCCGAGCUCUGCGCAAACGAUGAGUCCUGCUUCGCUACAUCUUGGCGCACUACUGGCUCGAACGCGCGUGGAAACUGUUUCUUCGCCAUGGGCGAAACCUUCGAGUCGAAGAGUGACAAUAAACACAUGCUGCUUGCUAGAGUCAUUGAUGAACCUACCCCGGAUCCAAACCUCGACCCGACUGAGUGUGAGGCAGAGAAGACGCAAUGCAUCGAUGACAAGAAUCGAUGCGAGGAGGAGAAAGCAGCAUCCGAAGCCGUCAACCACCAGUGCGAAACCGACAAGAACCGCGCUGAGAAUGCGGAGCGGGAAUGUCUCCGAAACACGAACGAGAUCACCGAGAAGAAGCGGCAAUGCCGAGAGGAACAGCGCCAAUGUCACGAAGAGAAAGCUCAACAAGCCCUUCAAUGCCACGAGGACAAAGCCGAACAAGCCCUCGAAAACCAGCAUUGCCAAAACCAGAACAACCAACUGACGCUGGACUUGAUCAAGCAACAAGAUGAGAUCUCGGACCUCCAAUCCACUAUAACCACCCUCCAAUCUACACUCGAUAAUCUCAACUCCACAUACCUGGCCCUUUACAAGGAAACUAAGGGAGUAUCGUGUCGAUCUGGAGUUGUGAAUGCCGAACAACGCGACGAUGGAUGUAUUCUACCGGCUGGAAACAAAAAUUUCAAAAUUUACUACGCCAAGUUGGACGACCCUGGGUCUUGGGAUCUGGGAACACCCAAAACCCCAUCCUUUGCAGCUUGUGCCCAGCUCUGUGCUCGCACCUCGCGUUGUGUGAGGUUUGCAUGGGCUACAUCGAACCGAGAGGGAACCUGCUGGAUGAGAUCUCAUGGGCAGGACCGGAAGCCGACCAGAUUCUCCGCCUGGAGCAGUGGGCAGUUGGUUUAA